AUGCAAAUCACCAACAUUGCCAUUGUCCUCUUCGCCGCCAUGGGCGCCGUAGCUACACCCAUCGCAGCCGAGUCGGACGGUCUUGAUGCCCGAGACACACAGCUGAGCAAAUACGGAGGAGAAUGCAGCUUGCAACACAACACGUGCACUUACAAGAAGGGUGGAAAGGACCAUGUUGUCAAUUGCCCCACGGCUACCAACAAGAAGUGCAAGACUGAUCGCCACCACUGUGAAUACGAUGACCACCACAAGACCGUCGACUGCCAGACCCCAGUUUGA